UAUCCACACACGAAACCUCCGCUUCUUCCUCCCACCAAAAAAUGACCACUCUCACACUCUCUUCUCUGUAACUGCACAAAAUUAAAAUCUCCUUCACCUCUCUACCUUCUUCCAUGGAGUUGAGCCAGAUGACGUUGGAGAUUUUCUCCAAGUUGGAGCAAAAGUGGCUCUACCAAUGCGACGGCAAAAAGACGCGCCUAUUGAGCAUCGACGGCGGCGGAACCACCGCCAUUGUCGCCGCCGCCGCAUUGGUUCACCUCGAAGACCAGAUCCAAGCCCGAACCGGCGAUUCCGCUGCGAGGAUCGCUGAUUUCUUCGACAUUGCUGUCGGUACUGGAAUCGGCGCUCUCCUCGCCGCGAUGCUCUUCGCCGACGCUGGCUCCGGCCGCCCGCUCUUCACCGCCAGAGAAGCCGUCGAUUUCGUAACCGAGAAUCAGAGGGAGAUGUUCAGAGCGACGCGCGGCGGUGCCUUCCGGCGGAAGAUUCGGUACUCCGGCAAGAGCAUGGACGCGGUCCUGCGGGCGGCGUUCCGGCGGAGGAGCGACGGGAAGGAUUUGACGCUCAAGGACACGUGCAAGCCUCUCCUCGUGCCGUGCUUCGACCUGAACAGCUCCGCGCCGUUCGUCUUCUCCCGCGCCGACGCCGCCGAGUCGCCGAGCUUCGACUUCGAGCUGUGGAAGGUCAUCCGUGCCACGUCAGCCACGCCGUCGAUGUUCAAGCCGUUCAGGCUGACCUCGAGCGACGGCAAGACGUCCUGCCUCGCGGUGGACGGCGGAUUGGUCAUGAACAACCCCACCGCCGCCGCCGUCACUCACGUCCUGCACAACAAGCGAGAUUUCUCGUCGGUGACCGGCGUCGACGAUCUGCUGGUGCUCUCGAUCGGCAACGGCCACUCGAGCAGCCCGCAGACGACUAAGCUCCGCCGCGACGGCGACUGCUCCACGGCGGCGCUCGUCGGCAUCGUCCGCGACGGCGUCUCCGAGACGAUCGACCAAUUGCUCGGCAACGCAUUCUGCUGGAAUCCGAAUGAUUACGUCAGAGUUCAGGCUAACGCCGAGGUUUCAAGCGCGGGGGAGGUGCUGGCGGAGAGAGGGGUAGAGUCGCUGCCGUUUGGCGGGAAGCGGUUGCUGACGGAGACUAACGGAGAGAGGAUCGUGGGGUUUGUGCAGCGGCUCGUUGCAACGGGGAAGAGUAGCUUGCCGUCGAGCCCGAGCAAAGAAACUCCGCUAGUUGACGGCCGUUAGUUUUUUGUUUUAAAAUGCAUAUCGUGUGUUUGUCUUUUUCUUAAUUUCAGUUUUUAAUUAGUGGGGCUAGUGUUACUCUCGACUUUAACCUGUAUCCAAUAUAAUUAAUAAUAAAAAGGCUACUGCUACAA